AUGCCAAAUAAUAAUGAAUCAGGUCAACUUUCGAGUAUUGAUGCAAGAGAUACAUCAAUGAGCUCAAGAGGAACAGGUCAUGUAUGUGAUUUGUCCAAUUACCAUUUCCUAAAGAAUCUUCGUGUUCAAUACGAUUGGCAACAAUACAAAGGUGUAGAUACAGAUUGUUUCUGGUUAUCAUUUCAAAAGGAUUUCAAACAUACAACAAAUGAUUCAAUUCGUACAACAAAGGAAUCAAAUAACAACAACAACAACAAUGAUAGUUCAUUAUUCAAGUUUGAAUCUGAACAUGGUUUUAAAUUAAAUGUUGAAAAUGAUGAUCCAAAUCAUAUUAAAGCAAGUUGUGAAAAUUAUGCAGUUGAUAUUUAUGCACCAAAUAGAAUUCUUAAACUUGGAAAUAGAAGAAUCAUAUCAAUGGGUGUAUCACCAGAUGGCGAUCUUGGUGUUUAUGGUGCUACCGAUGGUAUAUUGGAAAUUUUUGAAACUUCUGAUGGUCAAGUUAGAAGAAAACUUGAAGGACAUGUAGGAGAUGUAGAUGUAGCAACCUUUUUCCCAAGUGGAAAGGUUAUAUUGAGCGGAGCUAGUGAUGCUAGAUUAAAGAUUUGGGAUGCCAUUGAAGGUAAUUGUGCAGCUACAUUGUUGGGUCAUCACGCCGGUAUUACAUGUGCCGACUUUGUAGACAGAGGUAGAAAUAUUGUUUCAACAUCAAGAGAUGGUACCAGUAGACUAUGGGAUGUACCAAGUCAAUCAUGUAUUGCAGUACUGUCGCAAUACGAUAGACCCAUCAAUGGAUGUUAUGUAACAUCUGCCACCCUAUCAGACCACACUCCAUCCACCAAGGAAAAGGAUUCACGUGAGUAUGGAACCGAUGGAAAGUCUGUCAUCACUGCCAACGAAGAAGGUUUCAUGGUUGCUCUAGAUCUAAGAUCACAUGAACAAAUUGCUAAAAUAUCAGUUCCUGCUCAUAAAUCUGCUUUCAAUUCUUGUACCGUCCUUAAAGAUUCAAUUUUUGGUGGUGAUCAUGAUGGUCAUAUUUUCCAAUUUGAUAGAAGAAAAUUAGAUGAGGUAUUAUCAAUUUUCCAAUUUACAAAAUCACCAAUUCAUCAUCUUAAACAUUCAAUGAUACCAGAUUCACCAAAUAAACUUUGGGCAAGUUCUGGUGAUGGAUGUGUUUAUCUUUUGGAUAUUGAUUCUCAGACCAUUUGUAAAUCAUUGUCUGGUAUUGAUACUGAUGUUGUUACAUCUGUAAACAUUAUUAAUAAUCAAGCAUUUACUUCAACUCGUGAUUCAUUUGUUAGAUGUUAUCAAUUUUAA